AUGCACGUCAGCGAUGAAAUCGAAAGACAACGCGCGAAAAUGGACCCGUGUGACUGCUCGAACUGCCGCCCAGAAGAAGCAGAGGCCUUGUGGCAGGCCCAGAGUGCCCUCACGACGAACAACUUUGAAUGCGCCCUCGCGAUGGGGGAGACCGAACUCACGGACCUCGCGGCUAACUUAGGCCCCAAAGACUUUUUCGACAUCGAUUCUGCGUGGGAUUUGGCCAAGAACGUCGAUGUCCUCACCACACCCAGCGAUCUGGCCUUAGUGCUGGUCAGCGAAAUGAUCCCCAACCAGUUCGAAAUGCUCUUCACGGCUUUGACUCAAUGGCGUGAAGAAUUGGAUUCUGCUGCGGCAAUGGCCAAUGCUAAGGCUCAUCGCCUCAGCACCAUUUGGCCAAACGUGCAGACGCUGCCUCCUUUGUCUGUCGAAGGGGCCUGCAUUCAGAAGGCCCGCGCUGACGCCCUGAAGGUCCAUCAGAAAGAAUUACGAGAACUAGAACGGCAACAAGCACAGGAGGACAAAGAAGCUGAACGCACGCAGCGCGCUCAGGACAAGCUCGACGCUGCGGCACUCGCCAAACGAUUGGCUUUGGAGUCGAAAGCCAAUAAAGCCAAAGCCAAACUGGAGGCUGCAGCCGAAACGAAACGGCGGGCCCUCGAGAUAAAGGCCCAGAAGAGGCACGAGCGACACUUAGCGACCGAGCAAGCCAAACAGGCAGCAGCGGAGGCCAAAGCAGCCGAAAGAGCAGCCCGCCUGUUAGCUGCUGAGCAAGCUAAACACGCGGCAGCCGAGGUGAAAGCGGCAGCCAAAGCCAAACGCGCAAGGGACAAAGCCGAGGCCACGGCGCUCACCAACGCCACUCGCAAACGAGCGAAACCCUCGAUGGUGAUUGGUCAGGAACCCGGCUUGCAGGCCAUGCCUUCAGCAAGUUCACUAGCAACAUGA